AUGGGCGUCAUCUCGCUGACGCACGAGCACCGCCAGCCCGCCAACCUGCGGUGCCGGAAGCGCUACCGGCUGACGAACCGCGGCGUCGUCUGCCUCGUCCUCUUCCUCCUGCCGCUGGCCCGCGAGCUGCGGUCUCUGGACCUCAUCUCCAUCUCUCUCGGCCUGUCGGCGUGGGUUCUUCUGUUUGAGCUGUGGAGCAAGUCGUGCAAGGGCCAGUCUUUUAUCGGGAAUUAG